AUGCAAGUUACAGACCAUGAAGAAUUCUUUGAUUAUACACGUAUGAAUGUGCAGCAAUUUAAUUAUAUUUGUGAUUUGGUGAGACCAUAUUUAUCUAAGAGAAGCAUCAGAACUCCAUUGUCUGUAGAGUUACGCAUGGCCAUCACUCUUGAAAUUGGGCGUUCUACUGCACAUAAAGUAUUUAAAGAAACCUGCAAGGCUUUGUGGCUGGCUCUUCAACCGAUAUAUCUGCAGGCUCCAACAAGAGAGUCUAUGAUGCAAAUAUCGGAAGAUUUUUUAAAUCGAUGGCAAUUUCCUAACUGUGUUGGAGCCAUUGGCGGCAAACACAUAUCAAUACAGUGUCCUCAAAACACUGGCUCUCAGUUUUUCAGUUCUUACAAAAAAAGAUUUUCUAUAAUUCUUAUGGCUGCUUGUGACGCUAAAUACCGCUUCACGUGGGUGGAUAUUAGCGAUUAUGGAUCUCAAAGUGAUGGUGGUGUAUGGACAAACAGUACUUUCGGCCAAGCUAUUGAUUCAGAUGAAAUUGAUUUUCCUUUAUCAAAAGAGAUUCCUGGCAGUGAUGUCAUUCUCCCCUUCACUUUUGUCGCUGAUGAAGCAUUUCCACUUAGCACUCAUAUCAUGCGUCCAUAUGCCAAAACUCACAGAACUUUUGGUAAUGCAGAAAGAAUAUUCAAUUAUCGACUUAGUCGUGCCAGGCGCGUCAUCGAAAAUACGUUUGGGAUUAUGACAUCAAGGUGGCGUAUACUGAGAAGAGAUCUGUGUUGUGCACCAGAAACAGCAGAAGACGUUGUCAAAGCGAUUGUGUGCCUUCAUAAUUUUUUGAUGAUAGCUGAAGACGAUAUAGCACCAUGGGAUAGGACCUACUGCCCUGCAUUUAUGGUGGAUAGAGAAGGAAUAGAUGGGUGUGUCAUCGAAGGUGAUUGGAGAAGAGAAAUUUACAGGGGACCGAUCACUGAUGUCGGUCGACUUGGAUCCAACAAUCCCACUGUUAGAGCUGAUGCUCAGAGAAAUAUUCUCAAAGAUUACUUUUGCUCGGAAAUUGGCCAGGUAAAUUGGCAGUGGGAACUAGCACUGAGGAUAUAA